GCGGAAAUAUUUAUGCAAGAUGGCGCUGUGGUAGUGAUAGUGGUGAACGGGAUUAUCCCUGUCUGAAAUAAUGAGUUGAAAAUUUAACUUUUGAAUGAUCUGAAAUAAAAACAACAACAGGAAAGGGGAUGACAGAGUGAAUGUGCCACCGGGAGGAAUAAUAAUAAUAAUAAUAAUAAUGGCGCUUGCGAGUCCGGUUCAGACCGGAAGUGUGUCCGCGGCGCAGGGGCCGCUCUCCUACACUGACAACCUCAUCGGUACAUUACUGGCGAUCAUUGGGAAUUUGCUCAUCAGCAUCUCCGUGAACAUACAGAAACAAAGCCAUGUAGUGUUAGCAGUCACUAAGGAUCCGAGGCAGUACUACUGCACAAAGACGUGGUGGUGUGGUCUUGUGCUGCUGCUGAUCGGAGAAGGAUCCUUGUUUGCGUCCUACGCCUUCGCUCCUCUCUCUCUCAUCGCCCCCCUCAGCGCUGUCUCUCUCAUCGGCAACUGUAUUUUAGGAUUUCUGUAUCUGAGAGAAAAAUGGAAGCCAAAGGAGUUUGUGAAGCGCUAUAUAUUAUCGUUCCUCGGCUGUGUCUUGACUAUAGCGGGCACGUAUCUCUUUGUCACGUUUGGACCAAACUCUCACGAGCAACUGAACGCCGAAAACAUUGUGAAGCACCUGGUUGGCUGGCCUGUCCUCCUGUACCUGCUACUGGAGAUCAUCACGUUCUGUCUGGUGCUGUAUUUUUACAAACAGCACAAUGCAAACUACCUCGUGCUGAUCGUGCUGCUAGUGGCGCUGCUGGGCUCUGUGACCGUCAUCACAGUGAAGGCUGUUGCAGGGAUGAUUGUUCUCAGCAUUCAGGGCUCCCUCCAGCUCAGUUAUCCCAUUUUCUACGUCAUGUUCGUCUCCAUGGUGGCCACCAUCUUCUUUCAGGCAUCAUUUCUAACUCAGGCUUCCCGUUUGUACGAUUCAUCCCUCAUCGCCUGCGUUAACUACAUCAUCUCCACCGUGUUUGCUGUUGCUGCAGGAGCCAUAUUUUACCUGGAAUUCAACCAUGAGGAUGUUCUGCACAUCUGCAUGUUUUUAUUAGGAUGUGCUGCAUGCUUCCUCGGCAUCUUCUGCAUCACCAAAAACAAGAAGAAAGCCAAAGCAUUUGAGCCAUACGUGACCAUGGACAUGAUGAAAGGUAUUCCAACGAUCCAUGACAAAGCCUGGCCUGUUCAGCCAGAUUAUAACGGCUCUUUCUCCUAUGGCACCCUCGUGAACAACGACAGUGUGGCACCUACAGCUCUAGCAGUGGCAACUCAGGACAUGUGUAUAUCUCCCAGCACGAGUCCCCCGUCCCAGGAAGACGAGCUUAAAAAAGAUUAGUUGUACCUCUGGCUCUAGAAACAGUGAUUAAGACCUGAAAUAAUGAUAAAAUAAAAGCUGCAUCUGACCUUAUUGCUCACUUCAAGUAUUUAGUUCUGCAGACUACUGAAUGACUGACUGACUUGCUGAUCCAAUAAAAGAAUCAGGAUGAUUCUGGAAGACUUGUCUACAAAUCCAAGCUUUUAAAGAAAGUUCCAGAGAUUUGAGACAAUGCUGGAGCAUCAAACUGUCAUCUGUUUUUGAAAUCUACGACAGAUGAGCUAAAGCAAAAGUGCAGCUUAAGAAAGACAUGAGUCUUUAUUCCACCCUGCUGUGACUCUUUUUAUUAACCUGUACUGGUGUUCAGCUUUCUGUGUGUUUCCAUUCUAACAUACUAUAAUGUACUUCAUCGAUAUUCCAAUCAGAGCCAAAGAAAACUUCAUCCCUAAUUCAUAAUACUGGACACUAGUGAAGAUUGUGGUGAGUUUGUAUGUCAUGUGACUUUAGGAUCUCAUUCACUUGCAUUUCAUUUUGAGGGACACCUGUAAUAAUCAUUGUAUUUAAUACCAUAUAAAAAUGCCUUAGGAAAUAAGUUGUAAUUUGCAAUAUUGCCUUUCGUGGCAUGGUGCCAUAGCACCAGUUCGACUCUGUGCUCAGGUUACUGUCUGUAUGGGGUUUUGCGUGGUGGUGCUGGUGGUCUCAUGUCCCUGUGGAUUUCCUUAAGCUUCUCCGGGUUCUCCCAUCUCCCAAAAACAUGUCAGAUGGUCAUUUGGUGACUCUCUAAAUUAUCUCUAGAUAUAAGCGUGUGUGCAUGGUGCAUCCAUCUCCAGUCUGUGCUGUUCGAGGAUCAGUUUACUCUCGUCAGUAUAAUCACGGUGUCAUGCAUCUAGUAUAAGGUACCUGGUUCUUGAUAGCAGCAAGUACGGUAGGUUUUUUAUAUAUUAUGUUAUAUUAUAUGGACACGAGUGCUUUAGUGGGAAAUACACCACUUGUAUUUUUCAUGCAUGCUCCAUCCAGGACAUGGAGAACCAAAACCAUGAUGUAAAUCUCUGUCACUCGUGAGGAAAUCAAUGAAUUGUUUUGAUAAAUUUGGAGACUUUUUGUUUGUGUCGAUAUAAUAAGAAAAUCACAUGCUGGCUUGAAGAUAUGAAGUUUAUCAUCUCGUGUUGGAAAACUUGCAUUUUUCAUACGAAAUAUAUCGUGGCUCAGAGUGACGCAUUUAUAUUAUACUGUGGUGUUGAGUGGUCUAUCAGAUAUAUUCCAUUUAGCGAGCAUGAUACUGAACGAGUCGAAGACGAGUAGCUGAAUGGAAUAUAUCUGAUAGACCACGAAAAAAGCCAGACAUUAUUAUUAUUAUUAUUAUUAUACAUACACAUUCCUUUCAGGUGUUCAAUGCGUCUUUCAAAAUCUUCUGUAUUUAACGAAGCAAACUUAGCGGCCAUGUUUGUUUACAAAUUGUGUCAGUCGCUCGUUAGCAUGGAAUUUUCACAUCUAUGACAUGUGAUGUCAUGUCUUGACAACCAUGCAAUAUCGUAAACUAUAUUCAACGCUCAUUCUCCAUUGGGUAGAGUGACGCAAUACACAUAGGAUAAGCGAUAUGCUAACAAUAUUGCAUGCUGUCAAACCAAAUGAAUGAAACCUGCUAGAAGGGAACAGAACACGUUUUUAUUCCAUCAAAAAAGUGUCCUGUAUGGAUAAUAAUUCCCGAUAUUUCACUCCGAUGACAUCACUCCCAGUGUUUUCUUGCUGACUAGAUGCAUGUUGUCAAUAUGGUAAACUGGUCCAAAAUUAAAAUUCUUUUGAUUAA